CUAGGGGUUGGGUAGUAGUGAGGAAGGUAGUCCGCCAUAGCCCCAAGCUGUGGGAAAGAGGGAGAGGCUAGAAUGAGUCCCGUUAGCCCUUCUAGAGGGGAGGACUCCUUAGCCAAGGUGAGUAGCUUGGGAUGGCUUGAGCGAUUGGUUGGGGCGGGAGCAUGGGACGGGAGAAGGCUGGAAAAGGGGGCGCAGGGACGAGGGCCUCGGGCAAAUUUCAUUAUGGAAAGCGAUGGACGGGAUAGGGUUAACAUGACCACUAGGCAGCGGACCGCCGCAAAAAAGGUCGUGCAGGAUACGAUCAUGGAGGAUGUGCAGGAAGGACCAAGGAUGUCACCAGAAGUAACAGAGUCAGACCAGGACAGAGCCUACGGGAAACCUAGGGAUGAGACUCUCGUCGAUAAGGCAAUGACGGCAAAAAAGAAGUUUCAGUACCAGAUACCCACCCUCGCCACGCCAGAAAUCGAUGACACCCUUAGUAAACUGUUAGGGACCAUGGUGUCGGUAUCAUUCCAGACGAUGUUACAGGCUAGCCCUAGACUCCUGAAGGGACUCAGGCACCUAUUAACAAGGCAAAGGGUCGAAGAAGAGGAGGAACCGGGGCACCGGGAAGAAGAGAAGCAAGAAGAAGCACCGCAAGAAGUCGCAAACUUCCAGAGGGUCCCCGACGACCUAGAGGAUUUGGAGAAAGCCUUUGCGGAUAUUCAACUGAGCCUUCCAGAUCGGGAGGGAGGCGAAGUCAUGAGGGCCCCUCCCGGUACAAAAGAUAACUCAAGCAGAAUGGAGUUCAAUAACAAGAAUGACAUUAACCAGGCAAACAUCGCUUGUGAGGAUCCGUGGAGGCAGCCAGACAGACCGCGAGAUAGACAAAGACCGGUACUGGUUAUUGGGCCACAGCCAAGAGCAUCACUAGGGAGAAGAAAGAGGAAGUUGCCAGCCUGUAAACCUUCGCCUACUAAGGAAGGCGAGGUACUACCGGCCUGGUCAGAAGAGGAGGAUGAGCAAAGAAUGGAAGGGAAGGGGGAAGAAACUAAGCAAACCAACCAUGACGAAGGAAGGCAGGGAGGAGAGGACAGUGAUCCGGAUGAUGGGGUUCAAGAAGUCAUCGUGCUAAGCAGUGAGGACGAGACGGAUGAGAUAUCAAGGCCAAGGGAGGAAAGACAGUCUCCGGCAAAAAGCCCGGAUAAAGAAGCCACCGAUUGGGAAGAAGAAUUUGGGCCAACGCCCAGCCACUGGUUUGAGCAAUGGGCAAGUGUGGUUAAACACGAGUGGAUGAUCAAAGCACAAAAGUUGAUGGCGGUCGGGAGAACACCUACACCGCUGGACUUUUUCACUGAAAAGGAUCUACAGUUGGCGAAGGAAAAGAGGGAUGAGAUCCAGACUUAUGGGUUGGGCAUGGAGCCACCCUGCGGGGAUAGCCGCGAGAAAGGGGUUAAACGCCAACCGAGUCAACGCCAUGUUGCAAGUUACGAAAGUGAACCAAGCAAACGUCUCCUCUUUCCUCUGGGGUUCUGGCACGCGAUGACGUGUAGAGUAGAUACCUGGGGUGGUACCUCCACCAACCCAUACACGAAGGAGGAGGAGGAGAAGAUUGCCGCCAUCUUGAAGGAGAGGAAGGAGAAGAAGGAGGCCAAGAAGAAGGCCUUGAAGGAGGAGCAAGCGGCCAAAUUGAAGAAGAUAGAAGAAGAGAUGGCCAGGGAGAAAGAGAGGCUGAAAAAGGAAGAAGAAGAGAAGCUAAAGGAGGUGGAUGAAGAAGAGGAAGGACCGCCACUGCAAAGGAAGAGUGGGCAAAACAGUGGCAACAGCGGUGAUGCGAUGGAGAAGAAGAUUUCGGAGUGGGUCGCCAACUUAUCCCUGGGCGAGGAAGAAGAGGUGAUGAUGUACAUCCCAAAGGAUGACCAAGAGGCUGCCAUGAAGGCUUGGGAUGCAGAGAAAGACCCUCUUAGGCGACAGGCACUGGAGGAUCAACAGAGGAUGGAGUGGAAACUUGCCAUGAUGAGGGAGAAGAAGAGAAUGGUGAAUGCGGCGAGUGAAGCGGUCAAAGAGUUGGAGGAGGUGCAAAAACUAACCCUACGAUUGACCCCUCAGGUAGACCUCCAACAAAAAGUGGAGAUUAUCGCCCAGAGCGUCGAGCGUUUAGCCAGGGUACAAAAACAACAAUAUGAGUUUAGUCGCAGCCAGGAUAUAGCUGUGCGUUCGAUGCGACUGGGAUUUCGGGACUUUGCCCGUGAAUUAGUAGGCGCAGUAGGAGCCGAGGUGAGCCAUCGCCUCGAGAAGACUGAACGCUUCUGCGUCGGCGCCAUUGAAGGCAUCAAGGCGGCAGCUCCCAAGGAGGAAGAGGCACGUCCUCGCAGGGAGCCAAUCAAAGUCAAUUUCCCGGAUUCCUACAGUGGGAAAAGGGAAGAGAAUUUCGACAACUGGGACGCCAACGUGAAGACCUAUGUGCAUCUGCAACAGGUCUUCCCGGAUCAGCAGAUUCUAAUUGCGAUCCACGCGCUUAGGGAUGAGGCCGCCAACUUUGCAAGGCAAGUAUCUGAGCCUACGGAAGAAAAACCGACGGACCCUGCGAUUUCCAAGCUGCUGGAAGAGUUCAAAGAUCUGACUGAGCCGCCAACAGGCACAGUGCCGCGGCCCAUCCAGCACCGCAUUGAGAUAGAGCCUGGCAGUAGAACUCCUAAGGGUGCUAUGUAUAGGAUGUCCCUUCGGGAGUUAGAGGAGCUUCGCAAGCAAUUAAACGAGCUCCUCGAGAAGGGUUGGAUUAGGCCCAGUUCGUCUCCGUUUGGAGCGCCUGUUCUCUUUGUCCCUAAGAAAGAGGGAGAGCUGAGGAUGUGCAUAGACUAUAGGGGUCUGAAUGUUAUUACAGUAAAGAAUGCUGAGCUGCUACCUAGGAUAGACGAUCUCUUAGAUCGAGUGCAGGGGGCGAAGUAUUUUUCCAAGAUAGAUUUGAAGUCCAGAUAUCAAAAGAUAGAGGUGCAUCCUGAUGAUCAGUAUAAGACAGCCUUCCGGACUAGAUAUGGGCACUACGAGUUCAUAGUGAUGCCCUUUGGACCAACCAAUGCGCCAACUACGUUCCAGCGCUGUAUGAACGAUUUGUUUAGGCCGUGGUUAGAUAGAUUUGUUGUAGUUUAUCUAGAUGGCAGUCUAGUGUUUAGCAGGACCCUCGAAGAGCAUCAGGGUCAUCUCAGGCAGGUCUUGGAGAAGCUGAGGGAAGCUAACUUCAAGAUUAAUGCAAAGAAGUGUGAUUGAGCGAAAACCCAAGUUUUGUACUUAGGCCACGUCUUAGACGAAGACGACGUCAAGCCAGAGGAUAGCAAGAUCGCAGCGAUUAGA